AUGGGUGGAAAAGUAGAUCAUUCAGUUUUAGAUGGAAGAGGUCCAUAUGCAUUUCAGAUUAGCGGGGAAAAUUAUCAUAGAAUAGGGUCACUGUUACCAACUCCUGGUCAGAAACCUAAGUUUGCCCAACUGGGUGAACAACAAUAUAUCAGGCCAACUGCAAACGAAGUUGCGGCGAUAAUCAUUGGUGAUGAUAUUGGAACUGAAACACAUCGUGGCAUCAUUAUGGAUGGAGGUGCAGCAUCUCUUUUAAUACAUCCCCAAGUAGAUCUCAAAACAAUGUGUCAAUUAGAGAAUUUUAUGCAUUUAGACUCCAACAUAGAGAAUUUGAAGACCCAUCAAGCUAAGUUACACGCAGAUCUAUAUCAAGGAAUAGAAGAUGCUGCAGUUGCUGAAGAUGUAGAUGCAACUAUUGGAGCUCCUGAUUUUUUUAUCACGUUCACAUACAAUCUUAUAUGGCCAGAAAUAAAAGUUGAUCUUCCAAGACUACCGAAUCAACGUGUAGAAAAUAGACCUGAUAUCGUUGCUAGAGUUUUUCGGAUUAAGUUUAAACAACUACUAACUAACUUAAAGGAAAAUAAAAUAUUUGGAGAAGCACUUUCAGACCCAUUGGCAUAUGAGACUGUUGUCAGAUGCAUGAUACAUGGACCUUGUGGUGCUGCUAAUCCCAAUGCUCCAUGCAUGGUAGAUGGAAAGUGUACAAAACAUUAUCCAAAGAAAUUUUGUAAUGAAACAACAAUUGAUGAUAAUGGAUUUGUAUCAUACAGGCGCAGAUUGCGAUAUGAUUGCCAUAUUAAUAUUGAACGAUGUGUGCACCCGAAGUUGAUGAAAUAUUUGUACAAAUACGUCAACAAAGGGCCUGAUCGUACGAUAACUGUGAUUGAGGAUAAUGUUAUUCAUCCAAACAAUAAUGGGCAACGACAUUACAAACAAGUUAAUGAGAUCAAACAGUAUUUGGAUGCUCGAUACGUGUCUGCGAUUGAAGCAUGUUGGAGGAUAUUUGAGUUUGAAAUUCAGAAACAAACUCCUUCUGUUCAGCAUUUACAAUAUCAUAUUCCAGGUCAACAAUUUGUUAUAUUUAAUGACAAUGAUCAUCUAUACAAAGUUAUUGACCAACAACGUGUUCAUGACACAAUGUUGACCAAAUGGUUUGAAGCAAACAGAACCCAUCAAUCUGCAAAGGAGUUGACUUAUGUUGAAUUUCCAACAAAAUGGGUUCGUGGUGCAGAAGGUUUUGAGCAUAUCAGAAUUGUAAAUGGGGUCGUGCAUACAACAUUUAAAUCUACAUUCGAAUUAUGGGAACGUCAUUGGAAAAGUUUCACCGAUGAUAUACAAUAUAGAAUCAAAAGAGAUAUGAGAGAUAAUGAUCUACAUCUUGACGAUGAAGACUUAAAAAAAUUAGGAUUUCUCGAAAUUGAGCAUAUAUUAAAUAGAAAUAGAAGAUCUCUCAAAGAUUUCCCUCCAAUGCCAUUGCCAUCUUCACAAGGUGCUCAAUUUGUGACAAAUAGGCUCAUCAGAGAAGAAAUGGAGUAUGAUAGUGUUUUGGAAAAACAAUUGUUCAAUGAAUUACAUUCUGGUUUAAAUAGUGAUCAGUUAGAAGUUUAUGACACCAUAAUGAAUGCAUACAAUUUUGUAUCAUCUGCAAUUGCGGCUUUGCUGUUACCGGGAGGUAGAACUGUGCAUUCACGCUUUAAAAUUUCAAUUAAUUUGAAUGAAUUCUCAAGUUGUACCAUUAAUCAACAGACUGAAUUGGGAAAAUUAAUUCAAGAGGCAUCAUUGAUCAUAUGGGAUGAAGCUCCAAUGCACCAUCGUUAUGGAUUUGAGGCAGUUGAUCGUACUUUCAGAGAUAUACUAAAGAGUAUAGAAUUUUGUUCAAGUGAUUGUGUAUUUGGUGGAAAACUAUUCAUACUUGGUGGUGACUUCAGACAAAUUUUACCUGUAGUACCAAAAGGUAGGCGGGAAGCCACACUUGUAGUGCCGUUGAAGGAAUCGACUAUUUGGAAUCAUUGUCGUGUGUUGCAUUUGAGGACCAAUAUGCGUAUUAUGGCCCGUGAUACUUCUAUUCAAAUGUGUCAACAACUAAGGGAUUUUGCUAAUUGGAUAUUGAUGAUUGGUGAUGAAAAAUACCUGGAAUUUCUUUCACUGAAGGCGGGGAGACUAAUUGGAUUAAAAUUCCAGAACAAUUCUUGA